CUCUGUCUGUCGAUCGGGUCAACGAGGAUUGACACGGAGCUGAGGUGGUCACAGUCUUUCUCUGCGGUCGAUAUUACCCCAUUGACUCUCGCCAUGGACCCUGAAAUGGCCGACGCGGAUGCGCCUAAGGAUGGCUCCAACACCCAGGGUGUAUAUCUGUACCAUCCAGCGAAUGUCACCAAAGCUCCCGGCGAGCGACCCUCGAAGCGUCGGAAGGUCCUUCCAGAGAAGCAGGCCGAUAACACCACCCACCCUUUCGUGCCCCUUCUAGACGGUGAUGAAACCGCAGCAUCGGUUGAAUCCAGAUACAACUUUUAUCAGACAUUAUGGUCGGAGCAGGAAACGAAGAUUCAGGGGAUCUUAAACGAAGCGGACUCAGGCGUUCUCGAGGAGGUCCUGUCUUUUGUCAGGUCGACUUCGCCUCAGACCUACGGCAAUUGCAUUCCCACGGCAUUGGUCACUGUCGGGUCCAACGUGUCUUCCCUCGGGCGACUGUUGGCGAGGCUGAAUGACCGACUGACAACUGCGGGCGAGGGGGGUGUCGUUGCGCUGGAGUCGGGAGAUGCGCCGAACCUUAAGACCACCCUGAAGAAUAUCAUCCGCGCCGCGAUUACGAAUACAGAGGGCAAUGAAGGGUAUCAGAGCUUCCUUACGGAUCGAGAUGGCCCGAGACUGCUCGGUUAUGACCUUGACGUACUUGGCGACUACGUCAAACGAAAGGGUGUCACCAAGUUGGUUAUCGCCUUUCAAGACAGCGAAGCUGUCGAUCCGAACAUGUUGACGGAUCUUUUGUCCUUGCUAAGUUCCUGGGUUGAUCGGAUACCAUUCACUUUGCUAUUCGGCAUCUCGACUUCAGUCGAACUGUUCGAAGGCAGACUUCUCCGCUCAAGCGUUGCCUUGCUCCGGGGUAGAUACUUCAAGAUCCACGGCGCAAGCAAUUGCGUCGACCGUAUCUACGAGAAUCUACAGGCAGAUGAAAAUGGCCAGUUCUGGUUGGGUCGCAAUAUAACGGCAACUCUGUUUGAGAAAUCAACCGACGCUUUCCAAACACCCGAGGCGUUCAGCCAGACUGUCAAGUAUGCAUACAUGUCCCACUUCUUUGCCAAUCCAUUGGCAACUCUCCUAGCAAGCGAUGCUUCUCCCUCGCUGCGACAAAACAAGCUCUGCGAAGCGAUUCGAAAUGUUCCGUCUUUUCGAAGCUUCUGCGAAGAUCACCUAGAUGCAGGGUCAUCCAAGUACGUACGCCAAUUGCUAGAAGACGACGAGUAUCUCUAUUCGCAAAGUUUGGAGCACCUCCGCGUAGGGCAACAAAAGAUGCGCUAUCUUUUCCAGGCCGCGAGAACGAUCCACAUAUGCCUCAAACACCUCGGCAUCGCAAAAGACACCAGCAUAUCGGACGUAUCAACCCGUGCACUUUCCGGCGAACUGGUAGAUUCUCCAUGGGUGGAGGAAAUCUUGACGGGCCUGAAAAUGCUAGACUCCACCAAACUCCAGGAGUUGAUCGCCAUCCUCCCAGGAUCUCUGGCGGCGCAUCCAGAUCUUGGAGCGAUCCACGAGGAUCUCGAGUACCUUUUGCAGGAGUAUAAAGAUGUUACACCGCUGCGGAGCGAGUACGACAACCACCACUCUGUACUGACAUCGACCGUUCUUCGGCAAAGUGUCAAGCUCAGCAGGCGCAAAGCCAAACUGCCCGAUCAGGAUGUAGAUUAUACCAGGAUUAUCGACCGUUUCCAUGCGUUAACAGGAGCUUUUUUUGCGGAAGCCUUGCUGAAUCCGCAAGAUCUGUUCUUACACGAGGCCUUCAUCAUCGAUAUGAAGAAUCCGCUGAAAGAGAUCUUCUCGCCCCGACCCCGCUAUGCCAUCGAGCGAGCGUUGGCGAGACCAUUUGAUUAUCUCAUCUCGACGUCGAACACUUCCGAGGCCAGGGUCUCGGCGAAACAACCGGCAACGGCGAUUUUGUAUCAGCUUAUCCUUGAGUCCGGAGCCCUUGUGAACGUGCAUGACCUUUGGCAGGCAUUCAAUGCCGUGUUCGAAAGUGAUGGUGACGCUGAUUGUGAUGAGCGGAUGGUCUUGACCCUGUUUUAUCGAGCUCUAUCUGAGCUUAAAUCAUUCGGCAUGGUCAAAAGCAGCCGGAAAAAGCUUGAUCAUAUUGCCAAGACGUCAUGGGUUGGGCUGUAAUUUGGAGUCGUCUUGUAUAUUAAUAUUGC